AUGCAAGAUUAUAAUUACCUGGCUUCAAACUGCUUCGAGAUAACCAUUGAGCUGGGCUGCACAAAAUAUCCAGAUGCCAAAGAACUCCCAUCCUUUUGGUGGCAAAAUAUGGCAGCUUUGUAUAACUUUAUCAUUCAGGUUCAUCGCGGAGUUAAAGGCAUGGUGUAUGCGGAUGCAAAAGAGGGUCUAAUACCCCUCCCAAACGCCACAAUUGUCGUAUACAAUCUCACUCUGCCAAAUAACGUUGAGCCGAUUCUUCAUAAUGUUCUAACAAGUGAGUGA